AUGUCGCAGGGAGUUUCAACUAGAACCGCUAAGCAGCUAGAGGAUCUCGUAAGCUCCAGAAUAAAUGAGGAGUGCGACCUCAUAGAGCUGGAGCUGCAGCGGUUGAAGGGGUUGGAACAGGAGGCAUACGCUUGCAAAGAGGUAGUAUGCGAGACGCUCGCAUUAGUACUGAAAGCAAGGGCGUUGCAGAGUGACACUGUGAAGCAGAGAGCUGAGCAGCACGGGAAUGUGCUGUCGUAUAAGGUUGAAAAUAAAGCCGCACUUGGACAAGCGGCAUCUCAGAGUAAACAUUCUGAUGGUUUUCGCUUUCAGAACGCUGAGGCAGGAGGCAGCGGAAACGCGACAGAGAUAGCCUAUGAGCAGCUGAAUGUAAGCGACUUCGAUCAUGUCGAGUACCAUCUGAACUUCGAUCCAGUCGCUGCUGCUCAAGGUAAGCUUUAUGAAAACGGUAAAGCUAGCAAAGUGAAGCAUGAGAUAUCUGAACCAAGGCUGUUGCAGCCAGAAAAGAUGACCGACUACAGGCCGAGGACCAGGGGCUCGAGCCAAUCGUCGUCGAUGACGUUCCAAAGCCCAGGUGGGUCAUCCUGUUCAGAGAGCCAAAUAGGCCAUAUCUUUGCAUCGAUAGCCCUACCCGAAGUAGAGGUGUACAAAGACCCUGAGGGGAGAAGUUUCGAGGAUUUCAUCAUGAGGUUUUCGAUGAAAUACCAGAACUUAAGGCUCCAGGAUGAGUUGCUUAACCACUUGCUGCUUUCGAAAUUGGACGGGUACCCAAAGGCAGUGGCUAAGGCACUACCUAAACACAUAAGGGAAGGAAACUUCGACGACUUAGUCGAUGCAUUGAGGUCGAAGUUUGAGGUAAACAGUUCGUCCAUUCAAAUGAAAGCGUAUAUGGAUUUGAAGCGCUUGAGAAGGUCGGGAGACGUGACAAGGUAUUGUCUGGACUCGCAUCAGGGCAGGAGAGUUGUAACCAUUGCCAAAAGGAUGUACCUACGUCCAGGCGAGACGAAGUCGCUACGUGUUCACUGUGAUGGCACGGCGCAGGAGGGAAUCUUUUGGUCCAAGGAACACCUGCUACCAGAUGUCGUAUGGAAAGGUGGAAACCAGGCAACAGAACUACCUAUAACAAAUACCUUUGCAGGAGCAAAGAUUUUCCGAGUAGGGGAGGAGGUGGGAACCUUCGAGCCUACCGAAGUUGUGGAAGUGCAGCCUGUCAAAUACUCCGGAGACAUGUUGCAGCGCACCGUGGAGGUAACUGGAGAUCGUGAAGAAAAAUUGCUCAGGUUACUGCAAAGUAACAGGACAAGUGAGGAGUGCAAUGAAUCACUGGAGAAGCUUGUCAGGCAUUACGCUCAUGCUUUUGCAGUAAGUGAACAAGAGCUCACUCAAACAACGCUAGUGGAACACAGUAUUGAGACCGGUGAUGCAAUGCCCAUUAGGCAGAAAGCCCGUCCGGUGCCACUAGGCACGCGAGUGGAGCUACGACGCAUUCUGAAUGAUUUGCAAGAACGAAAGAUCAUUGAACCAAGUAAAUCGAGUUGGGCUUCGCCCAUCGUGUUGGUGCAAAAGAAGGACGGAACUCUCAGAUUAUGCGUGGAUUAUCGGAAGCUCAAUCAGGAACUCAUUGUAGCAUUGGUGGCAGAAGAGCCUGAGUGGACAAACGAGCUACGGGAAGAUCCUAUCUAUGCGGAGGUGAUAGUGAACCUCGAAAAGGGAAACCUUGACAUGGAUGUUGCAAUACCAGAACUUUCCCAUAAGUUCAAAGUUGCGGAUUUCAUAAUGGACAAAAGGUACUUAGCGCUACUGGAUAACUGUUCGGUGCGGAGGGUUGUACCCCCGUCCAAGAGAAGAGCAAUAUUCGAAGAGGCGCAUUCAGGCUCGCUGGCUGGACAUUUUGGUCCAAAGAAAUUGUUCAGACAAUUGUCAAAAGACCUGUUCUGGGAAACCAUGAAAAGGGAUAUUGCCCAAUGGUCACAAGAUUGUCGAGAGUGUCUUUGUCAUAAUCAUCGUCAUCCAAUGACGCCAGGGUUGAAGCCUAUUGUUACAACAAAGCCAUGCCAUGCAGCUAUGUCACAUGUGUGA